UCAAACUUUCUGAGCCGUAAACACAGCCUAUGAAAUUUCAUUACAAGCUUCAAAACCAUUCAAAAAUAGUUUUCAUACAUAAUUUUAUGAAAUUUUGUCAAAUAUCUCAGGUACUUACGGGGGAAAAUAAACAUUUUCCGUUUCAAGACAGUUUGAAAAUUUUGCCUCCGUCAAAACUGUUUGCUAUCAAGUCACGUGGGCUUUGUUUUGGUUUUGGUACACUGGUACAAUCGAGUAUCGAGGUUAGGAUUGGGUUCUGCUUGUUGGUGUACUUGUUUUUCGUGCACGUGCAAUGGUUUCGCUCAUUUCCAACGCUAACUUGCUGCUUGAAGAAUUGACCAGGUGUACCGCAUCUAGUGUGUACUCAGUAUAUAUAAUGGAAGUAAUAGCCUAGUUGGGAAAAGCUCACACCUUCACUGUUCACUGAAGAACUUUUAGAAUGGAGGAUUCUUCUCAGUCUCCCAUUGUUUCUUCAACUUCAACAUCUUCAAGUACACUCUCAACAAGCUCUGUAUUGAAAAAGACAAUACCCAAGGUGACCUCACCAUUAAAACAUGUGACACCUAUCAUCAAAAAAUAUGACUACCAGCGACAAGCCAAAAAUGGAAAAUCGGUCAAAAAGAAAUCUCAAGGAAAGGUGCUUGAAGAGGAUUCAACCGGUUCAACUCCAACUCCAGUGCACGAUUUGGCAGCUGGAAUGAAUUCUCUUGAUGCUGCUCUUCGAUGUGCAGAAAAGUGUAUUGCCAGUAGUAAAGACCCAGAUUCUCAAGCUGAUUUCUCCUUGGAUCAAGGUUUAGAAUCCAACACUGAUGACCUUGGUGACAUAGAAGAAGAGGGUAUUCCAUCUUCUAUUACUAGCUCAAGUCAUCAAAAUGCUGCCAGUAAUAAAUCUGCCCAUCUUCGUAAUCGCAACCGUGUUCUCAAAAAGCGAAACCAAUUGCAAAAAGAUCUCGAAAAUGCUCUUCCAUUGGUUGUUCCUGAUCAGUGCACAAUGACAUCUGAUAAAGCAAUGGUAUUUGCUGCAUCCUAUAUUGGAAAGAUAAGGGAAAGAUAUGAUUCCGGGCCUCAAUUUUCUAAAUUUAUGGAGCUGGUGAAUGAACUGGAUAGGACUCAAAGUGUCACCGACCUGUACCACAGAGUAAUUAAUUUAUUUGAAGAACAGCCUGAUCUUGGCGAAGAAUUCUUGUUAUUUCUUCUGCCAAAGCAAGCCAUACAGUGUGGCAAAUUUAUGGAACAUUUAGCACUCACAGAAAUGUCAUCAUUUUUGCGGAAGCUCGAGGUUUGUUUUGCCAAGCAACCACAACAGUUAAGAAAGGUUCAAGCAAGCAUUGUGCGCCUGAUUGAAACUCCUGACAUAACAUUAGAGACGGUGCGUAGUACUAUUUUACCCUUACUACGGGGUAACUCGUACUUAGUUGAAUCCUUCCUUGGACUUUUACCAUCAGAACAGCCUCCUGAAAGCAAAAUUACAGACUUUGACUUAGUCCGCUGUGAAGAUAUGGAUGGUGAAUAUUCUGGUGAGGAAGAAACUUUUGAAAGAGUGGAGAUCCCUCCAGAAAAUGACGAUCCCUUUGGUGGAGAACAUUGCCAAUGCUGUUGUCAUGACUCUAAUGACCCUACUUUUAGUAAUCGUACCAAACACUGUAGAGGUUGUGGCAUCAAGUUUAUAGCUGGCAAGAUCUUUAUGCAAACGGAUCAUGGACUACGACCAGUAAGAAUAGAUUUCCCUGGUGGAUCUAUGAGUAGCCAUAUUAAACGACUUAAAGGGGAUCACCCAAAACUUUCUCGCACCCGAUCGCGCCGCGGACGGUUAUCUCAGAUGGCUUCCAAACCAGACGAUGGAAAGCAAGGCGCUGAGACUGAUGAUGAAGCAGCAUUUACUAAAGUAAAAUCUCCUCGUCAGCGACCUAAAAUCUCAAAACCACCAGGUGAAAAGACAACCACUCCAAAGUCUUUGUCAUUAAACAGAGUUGGAUGUCCUCGCAAACCAGUUAAUGCGAAAAUGGGUUCCUCUCCGCCUCUAUUAAUAAAUGACCAAGAGGCAAUGGCAGUCCCCCUUUCAAGCGAAGAAGACAAACCUCCAGUUCUUGAAUUUCCUAUGUUUUCAAAUAUGCUACUGACAAGUGAGGACAAAGAUACAAGAGAGGAACAAGGUUCAAAUAAAAACAAUGGCACUGCAGAACAAAGUACCCAUGCACCUGCUAUGGAGGUUGAAGAGGAUGUUGUAAAACAGGAAGAUAUCCCAGAUGAUGUCUCAAAUUGUGAUAUUGUUAUGGAAAAUAUAACAACCAAAUUGAUAAACAUAGAAAAUGAGAAGGAAGGGGAAAAAGAAGAUGUGAAAAUUGAGGAAGAUGCACCACAAGAUGUGGCAAUUAGUGAAACAGAUGAGGGCACUGAAGACAAUGUAAAAAUAUCUGGUGCAAACUUUAGCUGUGACAAUGAAGUAGAAUCAAAAGAUGAUGCUGAAGGAGCUAUCUGGACUCGGGACGAGGAUCGAAUCAUUCUAUGCACCUUCCAAUCUGAACCUGAUAAAAUGAAGACUCUUACAAAAAUUAGUUCACAGCUGCCCCACAGGACUUUAGAUGAGAUCAGCAGCAGGUUCCAAAUCUUAAUGAGUCUUAUCCAACAGAUGCAAUAAUUUGCCUUUAGGAUGUAAGUUAUGGCAGUCUUGUUUGCUUUUCUGUCGAUUUUAUUUAUCAGCUAACUGUUUGAAGAAAGAUUCCUGUUUGUUAACCUAACAGGAUUUAUUAUUCUUUUGUAACAAAUUUGUGAAGCAUGUUAAAAUUUUGUUAUACAUGUAAUUAUUUUGUUCCCAUCUCACUCAUACCUAAAAGGGUCAUAUUACGUAGUUCCUUUGAAUCUUUAUUAAUGCACGGACAGAAAAACACCUGGUGUGAAAGAGGUUAAAGAAUGUAUACGGCUUGUGAUAAAAUGUUAGGGAAACAAUAAAAACCUUUUGUUUCUCAUUUUUUUAAUAACUAAUUUAAUAAAAUAAAAUACAAUACAAAGUAA